ACCGAUACGGUGUGUGGGCGGGAUCACUCAGGAUAACUGAGGCGUGGCCAAUUGGCCGGCAGCUUCUCAUGAAUAAUAAGCAGCCCCUUGGCGCCGACGUCACCGCACGGGCCCGUGUUCUGUGCAGCUGACAGCCUCUGCUGAUCCAUAAGCGAACUUGGCGAUCUCAGGAAUUGGGAAGAGAAGAAGCGUCCUGCUUAGUUUUCAUCUUUUAUUUCUCGUCAUAUUCUGUUCGCAUUUUCUUGGUUCCAGUGCGAUUAACAUUUCAUUCCAUUUCUGAUUGAUUUUUUUUAACUUUUUUUUUUUAACUGUCGCGGGAUUGCAUUUUAUUUUUUACAUUUGUGAAGGAAACGAGGAAGCGCCUUUCAUUUCAGUUUCCAAGUGGCGACUUUUCAAUUUCUUUGCUUAUUAUUUUUGCAGUUUUACGGCUCUUCGUCGCGUGAACUUUUCUCAUUACACAGAAUCCUUACCAUUUCAGUGAUUUUUUUUUCUUUUUUUUUUGCUCAUUUUCCCAGUCACCUUGCAAUCCAGGGAAUUUAAAGGAUCUUCAACGAGGCCAGUAGAUGCUACACACACCGUGUCAUUUGUGGUGAAACGAACCCUCGGACUUCCUUCGCCUCACAACCAGCCUGAACUGAUUUGUUGGUGUUGUGACAUUUAAAUAUCAUCGCGACUGAAGAUGGCUCGCCCCAUGUCUCAGCUCAUACCUCCCGACCUGCCGGGCUCCAGCCCCCAGUAUGGUACCGGCGGACAAGCAGGCGCACCUCAGGGGGGCCACUCGAGCUCCAUGGCCAGUCUCAAGUCCCUGCUGCAACUGCCUAUAAAACAAGGUGUCGAAUUCAGGAGUAAAGAGCUCAACGGCGACAGCAAAGUCUUGGAAAAGGAGAAGCUUGAUCCAGAUGAUGACUGUUUGUUAAGCUGCGGCAUACGCUCCUCGCAGUCAGCGUUCCUUGUACCCCUGCUGUGGGAGAAAACCCUUCCCUGUGAUGGGGGGCUUUUCCAGCUGCAGUACAUGGACCUGGAAGAAUUCCUCACGGAGAAUGGGAUGGGACCAUCGACGGGUGGAGCUGAAGCGCAGGUCCCGAGCCAGAGGAAUCCGACUUCGCCUUCAUCAGCUUCCCUACCCAGCCAGUCUGGUCAAUCUCAGAGUCAGAUGGGUAACCCUCAUCACAGUCCUCUGCAUGGCCAUCAAUCCCAGUUGUCCCAGCUUCCACAGAUUGCACAGUCGCCAUCCCCUACAGCUUCGAUGACUCCAGGAAACAAUGGCAGCCCCACCAUGGAGACUGCAGCCCAGCAGCAAGGCAUUAUAGGAAACUGCAUGCACGGGCCUGCUCUUCAAGGCCAGGUUGCGUCCCCCGACCCCUCUAACUGCCCACAGAUGGAUGGCACUGAUGUUAUGGUGAACUUUGAUCCCGACCCCGCAGAUCUCGCUCUGUCGAGUGUACCAGGACAGGAGGCCUUCGAUCCACGGAGACACCGGUUUAGUGAUGAGGAACUCAAACCCCAGCCAAUGAUCAAGAAGGCCAGGAAGAUGUUGGUCCCAGAUGAGCAGAAGGACGAGAAGUACUGGAGCCGACGGUACAAGAAUAAUGAGGCGGCCAAGCGCUCCCGGGAUGCGAGGCGACUGAAGGAAAACCAGAUCUCCGUCCGCGCCGCCUUUCUUGAGAAGGAGAACGCCGCCCUGCGGCAAGAGGUGGCCGAGAUGCGCAAGGAGCUCGGGCGCUGCCGUAAUGUACUCACCAAGUAUGAAAGCCGGCAUGGAAACUUGUGAAGUGCUGCGUGUGAAAGGCAAACAGACUGGAAACUUUACAACAAGUGGCAGUGUUUGAGCCAUUGGGAGGAGGAGGAGGAGGACACAUUCUCUCUCACACGAGUGAAAACGGAUAGUUAGGGUACUCUUUGACGUGACAUAAGCCACAAAUAAAGGUGCUGGUUGACCUCGCCCCUCACUCCAGGGGUGUUCUUCUGAAUAAGCUAGGACUAGGACUAGAGGUGCUGCUGUCCGUAAGGUCUUUCAGGGAAUGAGCUGUUCCUUCGGGUUGGGUUGCAGGGGUGAGCAACAAGACAGAUAUGUUUUUCCUCUUGCGGACCACAGGUGAUGGAGUUCUACAUUGGCCUUCAGACAAAAAGAAAUUAAACUCGCUGGCUGUUGGAACAGAGUUACAUUUCUGCCACUUGUUGUAAAGAAUAUCUGUCAACGCAAAUCAUUCGUUUCUUAUUGUGAAGCUGCAAGAAGAGGAGGAAAAAGAAAACAAAACAAAAGGCAUUGGUUUCUGGGUUUAAUGUUGCGAUACCAUUAAUGGUAAGAGCGGACCUUGGGACUGGUCAUCCUGGGUGGGCGACAGAAAGACGUCUUGAGAAGGAAGCUUUCUUAGAGCCAGCUUCGUAUCUUCGUAGAGUUUAACCCACGCUGCCCUGUGAACCUCCGACCUGCGAUUUUGCUCACCAACGAGUAGCACUUAAUGAAUUUAGUCCUUUCCUUGUAAAUAAUUGUUUAUAUUUAAACAAACGG